AUGGUGAUAUAUGAACGUGAAACCAUAACUCCAGAUAACUCAACAAUAACAAGAGUGCUGCCUCUGACUGUGACUCGCGAAGAAUUGGGAGGGGAACUGACUUGUGUCGUCAGCUCCGCAGCCCUGGAUGCUGAUAUUGUGAAGAAAGUUAAGCUGGAUGUUAGAGUUCCUCCAAACAAGGCGCUGAUCACCGGAGUUGGUGAGCAUGCGACGCAGGGCACCCUUCUGACCCUGACCUGCACAGCAUUAGGGGCGCGGCCAGCAGCCAAGAUCCAGUGGUACAAUGGCACAGAGAAACUUAACGCUGAUGACCAGAAUAUACAUAAAGAAGAGACGGCUUUCAGUUCCUCCCGCUUCACCUCAACCUCCAUUAAGGCCGGUCGCGAGAGGAUGCCCAAGCAAAGCACACUGCCACCGUAUGUUUCUAUAUCCCUAACCCUCCAGGUGGUGCGCGCGGUUCACCGGGAUAGAGAAAAAAAACUUUCAGGUGCUGAAAAAUACUGA